CCACCUUGCAAAGCUUCCAGAAGCAUUUGACAAUACUUAGCUUGAAGCUACCUAUCUACUCUGGGGGUCCAUCGUUUUGUAACCCAUCUACUAUAGCUUCUAAUACACAAUAUCCUCUUCACUUCAUCUCUCAUCAACGAGAAGCAUUGCUGCUUGCUUGCUUGUCUUGCUUCGAAGCUCAGCGACUGUCGCAUGAACCCCUGAAAGUCAGCCCAACAUGAACACAACCUUCAACUCGGCUCUCAAGCAGAGCACCUCCAUCCGCAAGGACCUCGCCGCCCUCUCCUCGCACGAGCUCGACCCGACCUCUCUCACGCCCGCCGCUUUGGGCUCCCUCUCGGCCUCCUUAACCGCCUUCAACCGGACCAUUGACGAAUACAACCACCUCGCCAAGCAGGAGCUCAACGCCGCCAAGCAAGAAAAGGCCUACGAGAGGAUACGCAACUUCCGGUCCGAGCUGCACGACUUCCGCACGCAGCUGGACUCUCUGAAAUCCAAGCGCGAGGAACACAUGCACGCGCAGAACCGCGCCGAGCUGUUGGGACGCAGGCCGUUUGUGGCCAGUACGCCUGAGAAUCCGUAUGCGGGUGCUGGUGCGACGGCGACAAGCAGCGCUACGGGUGGUGGAGGGUAUGGAAUAUCGCAUGCCAGGACGAAUAGCUUGGCGGAGUCGGGGAGGAUGCAGAGCAGCAGCAGCAGCGGCAUACUGGGCUCCGGGGACGCGAGUCGCGAGCAGCAUGCGCUGAGGGAGCAGGAUUUCUUUAGGAGCACGCACUCGGCGCUCGACGAUUACAUUGCGCGGGGCCAGGCGGUGCUGGGGGAUCUGAAUCAACAGAGGGAAAUCAUGAAGAACACGCAGCGGAAGCUGUACUCGGUUGGCAACACGCUGGGGAUCAGUGGCGAUACGAUCAGGAUGAUUGAGCGGAGGGCGAAGCAGGAUAAGUGGAUCUUUUGGGGAGGCGUGGUGGUUUUCUUCUUGUUCUGUUGGUUGGUGUUGCAUUAUUUGAGGUGAGCUUUGCUUGUUGCUGCGUUGGUGGUCGAAACAUGGGUCUUUUGGGAAAGGAAAAAAGAAAAAGAGACAGACGGGACUAAUUGUUGAUGGGUUAUUUUAUUAGCGGUGGAGGAGGACUCUUAGCGAAGGUCCGUUCAGAUUGCGGCAUGGGGCCCGGCGACGGCGGCAUCUGUCUCACAGUCAUCAAGCGCGGAGUUUUGGGUGUUGGGCUUGGCCUGGUUUACUUUUUAACUAAACAAACAUGGUCUAAUAUCAUGGGCAGCAAUGCGUGAACAAUUCAAAACAAAGGUACCAUAUGCC